GUCAGUGGCGUUGUGGAAACUGCUGUGAGUGUUUCUCACCUUUGACAUUGUCUGGUUCCAGCUGUAAAACCGCCUGACAAUCGCUCAGAGCCGCGGACCAGCGCUGAAGUCUGAUGCAAGAGCGUCUUUCUCCUGAUCCCUCAGAGCUGAAGAAACAACACAAACUACACUCAUCAUGAUGGAGCGGCAGCAGCAUGAAGCACUGAUCGCUCGCGCGCUGACAGCGGUUUUGGGCCCAUUAAGUGUUUGAUAAAGAGCAGCUGAGGAUCAUGGAGAGGACACAGGGGACGUCUGAUCAUUUUCAGACUGCGAAGUAUCAGACCUGUGGCUCCUGUAUGGACCGCCAUCAGUCUCCCAGAAUAGACGUCCGGACGGCCCGUUUCAGCGGCACCAAAGAGAACCGAGAACACAGAAAAGACCAGAAACGGUUAAAGGACGUUAAAGUGUCGCCGAGGGAACCGCCGGUCCAACCGGACUGGUGCGAGACUCCCAAGAUCAAGAGAAAGGAUGUUUCGCUCCGCCGGCGCCUGCUCAUGUCCCGCCCGCUCUCGGACGGGAGUAAGAGCGGCAUCGCUACACCUGGAGAGACUUCAGAUCUCGUGAGCCACAGAGACGACAGCUUCGACUCUCCAGACAUCAGCCCAACUGGACCUUUGACCUACAGCACUUUAAAAGCAGAUGAUGUGGAUUUCUCGUGUCGAAAGCGCCGUCUUCUGUUCUCUCAGGUCAUUACUUCAACCCUGGAGACCGGCAGGAGCGCAGGUCACGUGCUGGAUCAGAACCCUCUCGUUGAACCAGAUCUUGAUGAAAGUAUCAUCGCUGGUCUUCCCGCAUCUCCACAAACCAAUGACCUCAUGCCACUGAUGGGUGACCCCUUCCAGUCCCCUUUGAGGGCUGAAAAGCAGACACUGAACGUCCUGGACACUCCCUCGCUGACCCUGACACCGGCCUCGGAGGACAGCGGCUUCAGUUCCAUGGGUCUGGACAAAUCACACGAUGACUCUGUGGAUCACGAUGGAUCUUUCCAGGAGCUGGUGCUGCCGCUGUCCUCAGGCGGUAAAGAGAGGAGACGCUCACGGCUGGAGAGACAGAGACGUCUGUCCACUCUCCGAGAGGGGGGUUCGCAGUCGGAGGACGUGCCCAGAGACCAGCGGGUGGGCCGGGGAGAGUCAGAUGCCCACGCGAGCAAGGACGAGGUGUUUCUGGACAAAACCCCGCUGGGUUCUGCCGCGCUAAAGAUGCAGGACCUGUCUCUGACUCCGGCGCUGCAGGUGGUUCACGCCAUCAGUCGUUGCAGCACGCGUGUGCUACAUCAGCAAACCAGUUUAGAGGAGCUGCUGCGCGUGUCCGAGGAAGACGGAGCCGUCAGAAGCCGUCUGCCUCUGUCCGGACUCAUUGGGCGGAAGAUGGGCCUGGACCGAGUGGACAUCAUUACAGAACUCACGAUGAGAAACCUGCGACACAUUCUGAGUGCGAUUCUGAGUCUUCUGUCGGCUGCGGACGUCUACGGGUUUGCUCUGGUGUCUGAUGACUGGAAUGAUGUCAUCUCUGAGGAUAAAAAAGCCUCGUACAGGAGAAGAUGUCACAUCAGAGAGAUGAAGGUCGCUCUAGAGGCUGGUAGAACGCCGCACGUGGGGGAUGCUGACACCAGGCUGAUGUUGAGCUGUCGAUCGGCUCUGAGCAGCGUCCAGGCUCAGGCCAGAACUCCACACACACCCCACACUCCCACCCAACACCACACAGAGACGCACUUCAGCACCAAACGCAUGGAGUUCCUGCAGGUGGCUCAAACUCUGUUUAAUGAUGAAUAUUUGAAGCCGUGUCCACGCUGUCAGCAUCCGGCUCGCUGUCACUCUCUGCGGGGUGAAGGUCUGUGCAGCUGGACCGACUGCAGUUUUCGUUUCUGUGUGUCAUGUUUGUGUGCAUUUCACGGCUCGAGAGACUGCGCUCACCUGUCCGCCAGACGCAGGAGCCGCAGGGAUGUGCUGCCCGGCAGCGCUCGGAGCAAACGCAACAUCAGGAGACUCUGACCGGCGGGGUGUUUUUAUCAUGAAUUUUGCACUUAUGGACAGAAAUCAUUUUGCUCUUGUGUGUGUGUGUGUGUGUACAUGGUUGUUUUUAUACAUUGUUUUAAAUAAAACCUUUUUUAUCUUUUCA